UAUAAUACACUGGCGGCGCCGACCUUGGCGGGGCGCCGACUGACACGCAGCCAACACGCUCUGGCGCCCGGGUACAUCCUGCGGACGGACGGGGCGCACAUUGACAUCACUGCGGUGGACGAUAUAUCAGAAUGGCUUGACCCACCGCCUCUAAAAAGAACGAGCCCCGACACUCAUCUGAACGAUCUCUUCAAUGACAAUAAAACUCGCAGAAUAGACGAAUUGCCGGCGUUUCUUCGUAACCAAUCUGUUGAGGGACUCGAGACAGAAGCCAAGAAAGUAGACAUACCUUCAUUCUGUAGGCACUACAGCGUUCCCGAUGACUGUGACGGACAAACGGACGAAACAGACUCAUCAGAAGACGAAACAGACAUAGACUGCAAUCCCAAAAUAAUUACAGAUAUUGUCAGAAAAGGAAAUAUAUUAGCUAAGAAAGCUAGCUAUGAUAUCACUGAAAUACAAAAAGACGAAUAUGAAACAGAAGAAAUACAUAAAGAACCUAAAAUAGAAAGAGUCCCAGAAAGAAAUUCGCUAGCGAAAUUAUUAUCGCCUAAACUUAGUAGGCUCUUCAAACCAGUGGAGGCUAAAGAAAAACUUGACGAUAAAGACAAAUCUAAAAGCAAAUUCUUUGUUCAACGACCGUCUUCGCCAAUACGCUCGACUUACAGAGUGAGACCCAGCGAUGAUAAGAGAGAAACGACUGUACUAAAGAGUGAUAUAAAACUAGCCAAUAUGGGCAAACCUAUGACUCCAACAUUCCGACGUAAUUUACACACAGAUAAAGAUUUCGCCGAUGGGCGCUUCAGUUAUAGAGAGAAACCCAAAAACCAAUUAGAAAUUGGACGUAAUCGGCUUAAAACAGACAAUUUGCAAGAUAAGCCGAAAAGGGAGUUGGGCAUAACACGCAGUAACUACGUUCGGCUGGCCAACUUGAAGAUAAGCCGAGAUAUAUUAGAUAAAGAAGUUAAGCUGAAAGAUGAAAAACCAUCUGAGGAUAUAACUUAGUUACUCAUAUGAAUUAUCUAGUUUUGCAAUGUUAAAUUCAAUACUGUGACGCGAUUUUAGUUUCAUAUAUGUGCUAUGAAUAUGUAUCUAGAAACUGUCUAUUCAGGUGAGAAAACAAAUAUAGUGCUUCUUAUCCUGCCGAUAGAAUUCUACAUAAAUAUUAAUUUCAACCUAAAAUCGCGUCAAUUUUAUGUACUUCUCCAGUGGUCGUUACUCUUAGUCCCAACAGGGAUGUUGAGUGGGACACCGCUAUGAUAACAGAAUACGAAAAAGUUAAUAUUUACUGAUUGCGUCAACAUUUUAUGUUUGCCUGUGUAUUUGUUUAUUCCGUUCGUUAUUAUAUGCCUACUCUGCUAUCCCCCGAAAGUUAGCUUAUUAUUAUUGUUUGGCUUGAUGGCACAUCCUUUUUAGAUUUCACCAAUGACGAGUGUAUAUUAAUCAACUCCUUUAUUUAAAGCGGGUUUCGUGAAUGAACAAGGUCUUGAUCAGGAACUAAGCAAUUAACUGCUGAGAUCAUUAACCGCAAAGAACACUAUUGUUAUAUACAAAGGGUUAGUUGGUUAAAAGACAAACAAACAAGUUUUAUGUUUUUUCGGUUAAUGAAUGAACAUAAAAUAUACACAUAAGGGGAAUUAACAAAGGAAAGUAAGGAUGUGAAAUCAGUGGGGCGAGGGAUAUCCAAAGUUAGACUAUCUCAAUGCUGCGUCAUUCAUACUUCACCCAUUUGACGUUUUAACGAACCAUCAAAAACGAGUUUGUACUAUUCUUCUCUUUCUGAGGUUUUCAAAAUACACUAUAGCGGACCACGCAAUACAAUUUGAAGACCUUUACGCAACGUUUUUUAUCGUUUAACUAAAUUUAAUUUAUAUAUUAUAGAUACAUUGACCACUGGAGGACCUACCUAGGAAUAAAUUGACUUUUGUCGAGAGUACUGUCCAGUUUACAAAAUGUUUGGCUUUUAUGUCGGGGUUGUCAUAUUUUAGAAGAGUUUGAAAGUUGUUUCAUUUAAAGAGUUUAAAUGCAGGUUUUGAUAAUUUAAAGUUCCUCUGUCAGCAGAGUCAAUUUAUUCUUCAAUCUUGCCAUAUACAAAUUGUUAUGUACUUACAUCGAGGAGCUUUGAGAUUAUAUUAGUAUGAUGAAUUAGUAUUCAGAGGAGCUCUCGGUCCAUGACUACAUUAACUGUGGUUAUUAAUUACUUUUUUUUAAACAUAUUAUUGUUACAACAACAUUAAGUAAAAAAUGGGUGUAUGUAUAAACAUUCCAGUGUGAAUCUCCACUUAAUAUCCUAUUAUAUUAUCGUAUUGAUCAGUCUAUUUAUAUAUAAUAUAUUAGCUUAACUUGAGGCGUGACAAAGUCCAAGUGACAAACACAAGUAUCUUCUUUUAUCUUAUUAUUUUUAACACGGUGUCCCAUUUAUAUCACUUCAAUGUGUCAGUUUAAGGGUAAAACACUUCGAUAGUUCUGUGGGCAUAUAAAAUAUCAUUAUUAGUACAAUAUUUUUUUCCCCACCUCGGUGUCUGUUAGUCCCUGGUAUGAGCGACAAAACUGGCCGAUUCUCUCCCAGCAAGACGACCUUUGUCCCUCGUACCAGGGACUAAAAACGAGCUUUUCAUCCAGGUGGUGGGAAACAAAUUUUAUACACACCACGUGAGUAAGUAAGAAAUUACUUUUCUCCAUAGGUGCAUAAUAUACAAUUUUUUUUCAUGUAAUAAUAUGUGUUAUCAUUCUCUAUUCAGACUUUCUAUUCACUCUCGAGUUUGUGUACACCCCAUCCAACUGGUAAGUAACAGAACUAAGCUAGACUCCGCCCACAGAUGGAGUACCUCAUCCUUCUUCUUCCUCUUCCUGGUCUUAAACUCCUCAGUUUUUUUUAUGCCGCACACUUUAUUAGCACCGUCAUGGGAUGUUACGGUGUAAUCGGCAGUAUCCUUGAUUUAAAUGUAGAACGUUCGCCUGGUCCGAGAGUUACUAUUUAGUGUCAAAUAAAUUUUGGAAGCAUUUAUACAUGUUAGCUUUUACCGCGUUUUUAUAUAUUAACUGGUUAAUAUUCAUAUUCAAUUGGGCGUAUUUGUGAAGCAUUGAAUCUCCAACUAUUGUUGAAGUAUUAUUGAUAAUAAUUAUUGGACUUUCAUCACUUGAUCGGAAAUAUAUUCAUAGCUUUUGUACUUUAAUAGAUAAUGAUAUACAACUUUAGUAGUGUUCUCAUUUUUACAGAUAUGGUAGGAAAGUAAGUUGACUAACAUUUUUAUAUUUUCUUUAAAUUGUGUGGCAAAAUUGGGAUAUUCUGUAUUGAUAUAGUAUUCAUUUGUGAGCUUUAUGAGAAUGGUACUUAUGCUAAAAAGGUUAUUAUUGCUUUUAAUUUAACGAUAUGCGGCCAAAUGUAUGUUUGUAAGUCUACAAAAUUACAGUGCCUUUUGCUUAUAAAUGAAAUAUUUUAUAAUUAAUGUCAAAAACAUAUUUGUGCCUAAUGCUAGGUUUCGAUAAAGUUUUUAUUAUUCCAAAUGUUCUAUUCAUUAAAUAUUCAAUUGCAUUCCUAAAUAUGAUUAUGGUCCUAAAAUAAGAAUACAAUCUAGUAAGUAUUUAUGCAUUUUAUUGAUGUUUUCUGAUAGGAGUUUUGUCGGGUUUAUAUUAUUAUUAUUUUUAUUUUCUAUAUGUUUUUCUAUGACGUCGCCUGAGAUUUUACAAAGUCAAUUCGAGUCUCCUUCUGAAUCUCAAUCAGAAUUAAAAUUAUAUUAGUCCUUUGAAGCCGUUUUUUAAGUUUAAAAUGAAAGUGUUUUUUUUUCUAUUUACAUAUUUAUUUUCAGAUUAUAAUAAAUAUAUAUUUAUACCCUAUAUCCAUGACUUGAAUUAUAUUAUUUUUUAUUUUACACUUGCUUAAGUGAUUGAGAGUCUUUCCAGCAUUCCAAAAUUUCGUUUACUACUUAUACUUAUUUAACUAUACGGUUUAUAGCUGUGGUACUGGCUUAAAUUUAUAUGUAGAACCUCUUAUUAAAAUCUUAUUAUAACACUACUUAUUAAAAAAAUCUCAAAUAUUUCGAUUAAUUUAUUAACAUUCAUCGUAGUGUUUAGUUAUAAGUUUAAUCUAUCAACAGGGUGCCAUUUUAUUUUAUAAUUUGUAGCGAUUCAUGUUUUGAUCACAUUAAAUGUAUUUAAUUUGAUUACCAUUUACGUGAUUCGAUUGAGUAGGAAUUAUUGCUCCACUCUGUAUUUAUCUGCGUCUAUUGACUUAUUUCCUGAAUAUUUAUAAUAUUAUGAGUAAUUAAUUAAUUAAUAGAAUGAGUAUUUAAGGGAUUUGUAAAUUAAAAUCUUGUAGAUACUCGUUUUAUAAUAAGUGUACUUGAUUCUCAUAUUCAAAAAUAAAAUCUACAGCUUGUUUUAAAUUUUCUUUUGAGCUGUUCAAACAACAUUUCAGUAAAGUCAGGAAAAUGACGAGAAAUAUGUUUUGAUCGUAACAUUGCACAAUAACAUUGUUAUUAAGUAUUAAAUUAUGUUACUGCUUAUAGUUCAUCUGUGAUACGUUUUUGGAAAAUGUUGCAAUAACGUUGUGUAUUAUUAGUAAAUAAAUAUGGAAUCGAAUAUAAUAAAAUAACAUUAACCAAUGUUUUCGAUUGCAUUCCGAAUAUCUUUUUUGUUAAUUUUAAGUACAAAUUAAAUAAAGUUAUAUUCACACGAUA